ACAAAAAAUGCGGGUCCUUGAGUAAAGAGGGCAAAACGCAGGACCUACCGAGGCUUUAUUUCGUCGGUUGAGCGAUUCCUACCGUUACACCUUUUUAUUUGCUUAGCGAUUUGUAAUAGUGGUUGCCGGGAGGGAGAAUGGAGAAGAAGAAAGAGGUGAUCCGAUUGGAGCGGGAGUCUGUUAUUCCAGUCCUCAAACCCAGGCUCAUCAUGGCCCUCGCCGACCUUGUAGAACAUAGUUCUGACCGGGCUGAAUUUCUGAAGCUAUGCAAGAGAGUUGAGUACACAAUUCAUGCUUGGUAUCUUCUACAGUUUGAGGAUCUCAUGCAAUUAUACUCGUUGUUUGAUCCUGUGAACGGGGCUAAAAAAUUGGAGCAGCACAAGUUAUCUCCAGAUGAAAUUGACAUUCUUGAACAGAAUUUUUUGACAUAUUUGUUUCAGAUUAUGGACAAAAGUAACUUUAAAAUAGCGAGUGAUGAAGAGAUUGAUGUUGCACAUUCAGGGCAGUAUCUUCUAAAUCUUCCAAUCACUGUUGAUGAAUCUAAGCUUGACAAAAAACUUUUAAAGAAGUAUUUUGCAGAGCAUCCUCAUGAGAGCCUUCCAGAGUUUGCUGAUAAGUACGUAAUCUUUCGUCGCGGCAUUGGAUUUGAUAAGACUACUGAUUAUUUUUUCUUGGAAAAAGUGGACACGAUUAUUGCACGCACUUGGGGAUGGAUUUUGAGACUGUUUUCGAGGAGAUCAAAUUCACGGCGCAAAAAGGAUCCAAAAAAGUAUGAUGAUCUCAUCAGUGAAGCAGAAGAUCAGGAAUUAUAUGUUGAACGUAUCCGCAUUGAAAAUAUGGAACUCAGUUUACGUAGUUUGCUGAGCAAGAUAACAAUUCAAGAACCUACUUUUGACAGGAUAAUUGUUGUCUACAGAAGAGCUGAUACGUCAACAAAUUCGGACCGAGGAAUUUAUGUGAAGCAUUUCAGACACAUUCCAAUGGCUGACCUGGAAAUUGUCCUUCCAGAGAAAAAGAAUCCUGGUUUAACUCCCAUGGAUUGGGUCAAAUUCCUUGUGUCUGCUAUAGUUGGUCUGGUUGCUGUUGUGAGUUCGCUUGAAUUGCCUAAAGCUGAUAUAUGGGUCAUGUUUGCUAUCCUCUCCACAGUGAUAGGCUAUUGUGCAAAGACAUACUUCACGUUUCAACAAAAUAUGGCUACAUAUCAAAACUUGAUUACACAGUCAAUGUAUGAUAAACAGCUAGAUAGUGGAAGGGGUACUCUUCUACAUUUGUGCGAUGAUGUGAUUCAGCAAGAAGUAAAGGAAGUGAUUAUAUCAUUUUUCAUUUUGAUGGAACAGGGUAAAGCUACUUUGGAGGAUCUUGAUCUGCGGUGUGAGGAGUUACUGAAAGAAGAGUUCGGUGUAAGCUGUAAUUUUGAUGUAGAUGAUGCUAUUCAGAAGUUAGAUAAACUAGGCAUUGUUGCUCGGGACACAAUUGGACGUUAUUAUUGUGUUGGUCUCAAGCGUGCAAAUGAGAUAAUUGGGACGACCACGGAGGAGCUUGUCCUCAAAGCAAAACAGGGUGCGGUUUCUUCUUGAUGUUAUAUGCCAGAUGAUUAGCUUCUCUUUUCUUUGUUUCUCCUCCUUUUGGCUUGUAAGAAAAAUUUGAUAAGCACACAUGAGGUGUUGUCAUGCUUUUUUAUUCAUUAGAAAUCUUGGAUGCUGCUAGUCUCUUGGGCUUUCAAUGUCAUAUUCACUGUUGAAAGAGUGAAGUGAAUGCGGAAGCUCAUGGAUGAGCUGUAUAGAAUUCAUGGCGCAAUGCCUGAACUCUAGGCCUAGAAGUCCUUGUUGUGCUUUAUAAAUGGAAAAUGUUGGAUUAGGGAA